AUGUCACAGCCGACCAGCGACACCACCGCCCCUCUGUCUCCCCAGACUCGUUUGACCCAAACAGACGCCGAUGUUUCGUCUUCCUCGCUGGCCGAUGCUCAUGCACACAUUUUUGGUUCUCGAAAACCUGUCCAGUCGGUCCUGAACCACAAUCUAAUCCCUCGAGACUAUUUGAGCUCUUUGUCCAGCUCCAAAUCUGCUCUGGGCCAGCGUGGGAGGACCACCGAGAAUAAUAAUUUGAAUGGGACCAGAUCCAUAUCUAAUGAGUUUGAAAAGGGUUCCGCCACUGUACCAACAGAUAAUACACAUCCUGGACAACCACCGAACCCCCUUUCCGAGUCUCCCAAGUCCUACACGUCGUGUUCGGCGAGCGUUCAUCCGCCCAACAAUAUGCCGCGGACGUCAUCGAUCGAUUCCGCCAUUUCCAACAUCUCCAAUGGGUCGCAUGGACAGAAGCAACCGGGGGAAGUUAGGGAUCCGAGUCGAGAAGAAGUUCAGAAUCUCAUUGUGACAGCCGGUUCUGCCGAGAAUCUUAUACAGCAUCUUCUCAAGGACAAGAGCCAUGCGGCAGCUCAGAACGCCCAGCUCUGGAAGCUUGUAGAUAAGCAGCGGGCGCUUCUGUUAGGGCUAAACAAGGAUUUGGAACGAGCGACCAAAGAGAGGGACCGAUAUAGGAAGAAAGUCAAAGAAUUGCAGACUCAGCCUUCGGCCGUCCCGGCGGACCGCCUUCGUGUGGAAGAUGGUCACUCGCCCCAGUCUGAUGGAGACGUCUCUGUUGCUUCGAGGGAAAAUGAGUCUAUAGCCGGGUCGGAUCUGAGGUUGAGGGUUGAACAACCGACACCAAGCAAAAGCCCCAACCCUCAGACACAGAGCUCACCUAUUGACCCUAUGAUGAUGCCACCGCCACUUCAUUUGCAGCAGGCAUCACGUAUGCAGAGUAUAUCAACCCAGCUGGCACAACCCAGCUUUGCAGUGACAGAACCGACUCCCCUCUCAGAGAAACCGCCCAAGUCUUUCCAGGCCUCAAGGAAAGCCCCACCUAGGCCUCUUGACCUUCGUCAGACCAAGGACGAUUUGCCCGCAAAUCAGACCCUGGUUGCGGCGGAGAUGGUAGUGAGCGAUGCAGACGAAGAUGAAGACAGACAGCCUAUGGAGCGUGGACGACGAAAGACUCGAGAAGAAGAUGACCGUGAUCGUGAACUACUGGCCUUGAGGGAGCAAGAGGCCAGAAGUCGAUCCAAAAAGGAGAAAAAGAACAAAACUGAGACACCUGGGGAAGCUUUGGAGCAAAUGCCUCAACCUUCGGUUGAGCCCGCCCAGGCUUUGUCCCCGUCCCACACGCAAGUGAAAGCUCAAGAUCACCUGUCCCCAGCUUCUACGAACUCGAUGGGAUCAUCGGCUCAGCUGUCACUCCCUUUUCGGAGCCCUGGUCUGCCUCUGAGUCCUCGUCCGAUAGCCAAUAACUUCAUGGGAACUUCACUUCCUAUGUCCCCACGUGCGCCAGGCGGAAAUUUCCCUCUUUCUCCGCGAGCACCAAAACAACCUCUGCCCAUGCCUACCACGCCCGGUCAGCAAGCGCCUGCUCCGGAUGCUCAGAAGAAGAUCGGUCCCUCACCCCUGGCCAAGAUGAACACCAACACGGUCGCUACCGAUUCAGAUCGUGGUCUCAACUAUGAGUCUCCUCUGAGCCCUGGUGAAAUUCCGCCAGUGAACCGUGGCCUGGUCAGUCCCACCUGGCCUGACCUCUUACUUCCCCCGAAUGCUCUUCCUUCUAUUCAAGUGAAGGUUGCGUCGUCACGCCUGCGACCGUCAAGAAAUAGCAUACUGGGCUUGAAGGCACCGGAAGAGAAUGCGGUCUUCAGCCUGUCUGUUUUCGAGCGUGCAACGGCAUCGGAACUAUGGCGCGUCGAAAAGAUUCCUUCUUCACUUCCAACCCUCGAGCAACAACUCCGUCCUCGGUGCGCAGAGCUUCCGAAGCUUCCAGAUCGCAAGCUUUUCUCCGGUCAUUCCCCGGCCACGGUCGAUGCGCGACGAACUUCCAUAGAUGCAUAUUUUGAAGAGCUUCUGGAUACUCCCAUGGACGAACAAGCCGCGGCGAUUAUAUGUCGAUUUUUGUCCACGGAUGUCAUGGAUCCUCAACUGCGUCUUCCUCCCCCAGCGGGUGAAGACGCUCAUUCAAAACCAGUUCAGAACUUACCAAGCGGAGGCAGCCCCACGAAAUCGGGCUACUUGACGAAGAAAGGCAAGAACUUUGGUGGCUGGAAAUCGAGAUACUUUGUCUUGGACAGUCCAGAGCUCAGAUAUUUCGAAGCUCCGGGUGGUGCACACCUCGGAACAAUCAAGCUGCUGAAUGCAAGGAUUGGUCGACAAACUCAGUCCGAUCCUACAUCACACGCGGAGGUUGACUCGGAAAAUCAGUAUCGCCAUGCGUUUCUCAUUCUAGAACCCAAGCGAAAGGAUAUGAAUAGUCACGUCCGUCAUGUUCUCUGCGCGGAAAGCGACGCAGAACGCGACGAGUGGGUGGAGACACUGCUCCAUUAUAUCGAUGAGCGACCUCCGGAACCCAAGGCGCAAUACGGCGCUGGAGUGCCCACACACACUAAGGACGUCAAAGCUCAAAGAAUGGGCCCUGAGGAUGGAGAGUCGAAGUCGACCGGAAGUCCUCAAUUCCACCAGUCUCACAGCGGCACGCCCUCGCCUUCCAACGCAUCCACUCAUACUCCUGAAUUCGCACAAGAACCAGCUCCGACCGCCAAAUCCUUCAACAUCUCUGGUCCUAUGAAUGGGACUGUCAUCUCGGAUGCUGGACUGUGGGGUAACAAACCGGCUGGUCAGAGCGGCAGCAAAGAGCGCGAGCAAAAGAAACGCAAUCUCUUCCACUUCAAGAAGCCAUCCUAUGAGCAGUUGGCUCCGGCUCAACCAGCACCACCAAAGCGACCCGAGGUGAACGCUCACCGAGGCGGUCAUGUGCGGCCCGUCUUCGGCAUGCAGCUCCAGGAAGCAGUUGAAUAUUAUUCCCCACUGGAUGUGGACGUCUAUCUUCCUGCCGUGGUAUAUCGCUGCAUCGAGUUUCUUCGAGCCAAGAAUGCGGCCAACGAAGAAGGAUUAUUCCGCCUUAGCGGGUCGAAUAUCGUCAUCCGAUUUCUCAAAGAUCGCUUCAACACGGAAGGAGAUGUGGAUCUGCUUGCGGAUGAGGAGGACUAUGAUGUCCAUGCGGUAGCAUCUCUCUUCAAGACGUAUCUUCGAGAACUACCGUCGACGAUUCUAACCCGAGAACUGCACUUGGAAUUCCUGAAGGUGCUAGAAGUAAGCGACAAGUCGCAGAAGAUCGCGACUUUCAACGCCCUAGUCCAUCAGCUGCCGGCUGUUAACUUCUCUCUACUACGGACACUCUCAUCAUAUUUACUUGAGGUGGUGCAGAACUCGGACCGAAACAAGAUGAGUGUGAAGAACGUCGGGAUCGUGUUCUCACCAACCCUCAACAUUCCAGCACCUGUGUUUGCCAUGUUCCUGACGGACUUUGAGGCUAUUUUUGACAACCCUGCCAAUGGAGAAUCUGUUCGAUCGACAGAAAUUGAUCGUGACGGUGCCUUGACUCCAGAAGACAUCCGAUCGCCUCGACGACAAAUGUUCUCUGACUUGCCAACACCGGCAUAUAAUCAAAACGAUUUUACCCAGAACGCAACGAUGACAGGAGGCUCUCAAGGAAACGCAAGGUCAUCGGAAUAUCAUCUAGAUCCUACCAACGACUUCGGGUUUGCACCCCUCCAGCCUUCAUACGAGACUAGAAGCUAUGUUUCAAUACCCCAGGAGAUGCCAAUGCAACCACGGUACCCACCACCACAGCCUCCACAUGGAGGCAACAAAUACGGAGGGGUGAACAACAUGCUCACUCCCGAGAACGCACCCAGCGCCAAGGCCAAACGACGCGAGAGUUCCUUGCUGUUCAUGUAA